AUGGACUAUUCUACAAUCACCACCGAUCAUCCCACUGAAGGCUCACCCUGGGGUUCACCGCGCGCUGAGCGAGGAACCUUACCCACCUCCAGCAAUGACAUCCCAUCCUCCCCUUUGCCAGGCCAGGAGCAAUUCGCGGAUGAAGCGGGCCGAGGCCGCAAUGAAGAACCGCAGUCUCCAGAUCUCUCUGCGCAGCUGCAGAGUGCACAAUUAGGAGAUCCGGACUACCCCCAGGAACAAUCUCCGUUCGCGGCGCACCAGUCUCCAAAUGCUCAACAGCAAUCACCUACCCCCGCACAAUAUCAGACCGAACAAAGACAAAACUCGCGACCUUAUGUGCCCACCUACAAGAUUCAAGGUAAAAUUACCGGUUUGGAGAGGACGGGAAAGAAAGACCCUAUCCUGCGUUUCGAAGUUCACACCAAUAUCCCCAAGUUCCGCACAACCCAGUAUCGUGACGUACGCCGUACCCAUUCUGAGUUCAUCAAGCUCGCAGACCACCUGGUGUCAGCCAACCCGGAAUGCCUGGUCCCCGCCGUGCCCUCGCCUGUGACACCGGCGGGAGCCGGCACCGAGGAAGAUGAGAUUAGGAUCAAAUCGGCAAUGCAGAGAUGGCUCAAUGUUGUGCUCAGUAAUGAAGUACUCAUUCAAGAUGACGAGGUCGUACUUUUCGUGGAGAGCGAUUUUGGCUAUAGUCCUGUGCUGCGGAUGAAGCAGCCUGCAACAGGCGUACGACGCAAGAUGCUGAAACAAUUCGCACCUCCACCGGAUGACACGCCUGAGCUGCAAGCCGCUCGACCAAUUGCCAAGAUGUUCUACUUGAGCUCAAUGGAUUCGAGCCACAAAGUUGACAGGGUGGUCAAGGCCCGCCGUGGCGUUGGUUUGGCUGAAGCUGAUUUCGGUGUGAAGCUUGGCCAAAUGCACGUGCAGGAAACCCAUCCUGGCUUGGGCGCAGCUUACCGCAAACUUGGCAAGGUUAUUCAGACGGUUGGCGAUUAUCACGCCGUUCAAGCUACAGCAGAAGCCACUACUCUCGGAGAACCAUUAAGCUAUCAUUCAUCCGAUGCUUUCAUUGUGAAGGAGACCCUGACCAACCGACACAUCCUGCUUCGCGAUCUACUCCAGGCCCAACAAACCGCGCGGAGCAAACGUGCCGCUGCUGACCGCUUGAAGGUCAGCUCAUCGGUGCGCCCGGAUAAGGUAGAUGAAGCAAUUAAUGCUCUCGAGGAGGCUCAAAACCACGAGGACUACUUGACCAAGCGAACCCAGCGUGUCACAUCGAACCUCCUCCAAGAGAAGCGCCGCUGGUUUGACCGAACCACCCAGGACCUUUUGUCUAGUCUACGGGAGUACACUAUUCGUCAGAUCGAAGCGGAGCGUCGUACUCUGGCAACUCUGGAGAGUGUCCGGCCCGAUAUCCGUGCCAUUGACGCCUCUGGUGGUCUGAGCCGACUAGGUCGCGAAUCUCAUCCCACGGUGCGCCGUCCAAACAUGGCUUCGAGCCAAGGACCUAAGGGUGACUCGUGGAGUGGUGUUCCCCGCCGUGUUGACAAUGUCGGGCGCAGCGGUAGCUUCACUGCCCCAUCACUUGCCGAUGAUGAGGAUGACGCGGGAGGCCAGGGCUCCGGUCAAGGGCGCAACCGAGCCACUAGCCAGGUUGGGUCCAUCGCGGAGGAGGACGAUGAUCGUCUUGAUGCGCGCAAUGCAGCCAGCCGGCUGGCCACCAGCACAUUCUGA